AUGACACGCGACCGCUUUCAGCAUAUUCGGGCACUGCAAUUUCACGCGCCGGAUCCAGUCACAUUCAAGUCCGUGCGUGACCCGCUUUACCGCUGCAGAUGGCUGCUGCAGCAUUUUCAAAAGCGCUUCGCAGAUACGGCGGUGCCUUUGGGUGCUAGCAGUCUCGAUGAGAUCUCGGUGCGCACCAAAGCGCGUAGUCGAGCGCGGACGUGCAUGCCAUCAAAACCAGACAAAUACAGUCUUCGGUUCUAUGCGGUGAUCGGGUGGGAUGCGCUGUACGUCCACUCUCUUUGGGACAAUGGGUCAGGUAAUGCUACCCGGUCUACCCCUGCCCAACGGUACACAGAGCUGUUUCCGUCACUCCGGACGCCUCUGUACAACACGCUAUCGCUACCAGAAAUCAAUAUUGAGCCGAAAUCAGCUACAUCCCUGUGGGUGGCUAUGGCCGGUCACCAAACAAGAACCUACCGAUCCCCCAGUGGCCGACGUCUACUGAUAUCCGACAACUUUUACACACGCCAUACUUACGCCCGCGCCAUCAGUGCAUUUACGGACGACGAGGUUAGACUGCUGGGGACGGUACGCAUGAAUCUCCUAAGGAGCACGAAUCCUACCCGGCGCCGCGAGAAGCGCUUGCAUAUGUCCGUCUUCACGUGGUUACUGGACAUCUCUAUCAUCAACACGUACGCACUGGAACGUGUCAUUGGUGGCUCGGCAUCAGCACGCGUGACACUUCGAGAGUUCAAACGCGAAAUCGCUGACAAACUGACGCGCAAUGAAAAGACCCUGAAGCAACAGCGAGACCGGCGACAGCAAAAACGGAAAGCUGGCGCACUGGACGAAGCCGUUGGCAGCGUGGAUUCACUCCAUAUAAUCACUCCAAAUUCGACAGAACAUAGCAAUGGGAAGCUGACGUGCUACUUGUGUAGCCUGCGGGGGAUGGCAAAAAAAGCAAAAUACGGGUGCACCAAGUGCGAACGCGGCUUUCAUGUCGAAUGUUUCAGAGCCUUUCAUUACGAGGGUGCCUUUCGCUCCAACGCACCCCAGCUGCAGGAUGCUUUGGAAGCUAUUGCGCGCGCGCCGACGGGUGAUCCUGUCGCAUUCACGAGAAAGCGUAGUAACAGAACGAUUAGACCCAUUAGUGAGCGGAAGCUACCGUAG